GCUGCCUGGGUUGUCUGAAUCUGCAGUCUGUGUCCUCGGACAAUAAUCAGAACUAUGUCCUCAUUUGCUUGAGGCUUGGGUAUUCGCUUGUGUUUUCUUAAGAAGAUAACAUGGAAAAAGGUCAGGGAUAUCCACCUGGAAUGGAUGCACCUCCGUACCCCGGCCCCCCAAUGAACCCUAAUGUUGGGUUCAACCAGCCUGCUCAACAACCUGUGUACCAGUACAGCCCACAGCAGCCUCACAUCGCACAGCCUGUGAACCAGGUGGUGGUGGUGCAGCAACAGCCCACCGAUGCUCCUGGACAAAUGAUGUGUCCUCAUUGCCGUACUGGUGUUGUCACUAAUACCGAGCACAAAAAUGGUCUUCUCACUUGGGUGAUCUGUGGCGUACUGGGAGUCUUUAUGUGCUGGCCUUGCUGUUUGAUCCCCUUCUGCGUGGAUUCUUGUAAGGACGUGGAACACACCUGCCCCACCUGUCGCCAAGUCCUGCAUGUCCACAAACGCUUGUGAAAAGAGCCUCGCUGGAGACUCUGCUCAAGUCAUGACAAAAGGAACUAGUCAGCAAACAUCUAUACAAUAGACAAACCUUACAAUGCAAACACAUCAGACGUCAUCAUGUACUCUGUGCUGACUUACUUAACAGACAUGUUGUACCUGCUUAUCAUGUUAUUGAAAGAGACAUGCUAAAAUGUCAAAAAUAUGUUUUUCUGGAGUGAUGCUGGAGUGAUGUUGGCUCCAUGUAAUGUAGCUCACUUUCAAUAUUAUGUUAAAGUGUGGGAUAGAAAAUGUUUUCUUUAUCUUGUUUUACUCAACAUGUAAUCUAAUGAAGUUGUGUAAGGAUGCAAAUCAAGUUAAAUUGUGCUUUCAUUUGUUAGACAUGAUCACAAUGUCCAUUAGUCAAAAAGAUCUACAAUCAGUAAAAUGUUCUAAAAGUCAUCUUUUCAGAAAACUGGAAUAAACAAACAUAUCAUCAAGUUAUAUGAAGACUAUCAGAGGUUAUUUAUUGAACAAGAACAUACGCAUACAUAUCUCUGCCUGUGUAAAGAACUGAUCAAACUAAAUAAACCAUCACGUCAUCAUCA